AUGGCUACAGUGGCGCGUAUCACUCAUGGCCCCCUUGAGAGGUGCUUGCUGAUCAUCCUACUUUUCAUCCUAACCGGGGUGCAGUGUAAGCGAGUGGAGCAUGGUGUACGGAGGGGUCAUCUAAGGGUGUGUGGUAUUCCCACAGAUAGGAGACCCCUUGGAGUGGUGCAGACGGUAGAUCAUUGGAGUAUUCGUUUGGAUGGGAAGAGGAAGGGGGGAAGAGACGGUAGGGGCAAAUCAUGUUCAAACUUCUCCUUCUUAAAGAGCGCGGUAAGACGCUCCCCCGAAUGGCGGCUGGAGCAGGAAGGGAGCGCUCAAUGUGGCUCGCGCACUUCGGGAGGAUGUGCCUGUAAGAAUAUGGCGCAAAGUGGAGGUACGCCUAAGGAAGGAGAGAAAAUCCUUUACCUCGUCAGUCCAAGAGGAUUCUGCAAAGGGGUUAGCAGAGCCAUCGACACGGUAGAAGAGUGCCUACAAAUGUUUAAGCCCCCAAUUUAUGUGAAGCAUAAAAUAGUGCACAACGAUAUUGUCUGCAAGAGGUUGGAAGAGAAGGGAGCAGUUUUCAUCGAAGAUAUAAAUGAGGUACCUGAUGGGAAUAUAUUGAUUUAUUCAGCCCAUGGGAUUAGCCCCCAAAUAAGAGAACUUGCAAAAAAGAAGAAGCUGAUCGAGAUUGAUGCCACUUGUCCUCUCGUUAAUAAAGUACAUAUGUACGUUCAGAUGAAAGCAAAGGAAGGAUACAAAAUUAUACUGAUCGGUUACAAGAACCAUGUGGAGGUAAUAGGUACCUUUAACGAAGCGCCGGAAUCUACUUACGUAGUGCAAAAUGUAGAACAAAUAGAUGAUUUGCCAUUCACGGAGAAGGACAAACUCUUCUACGUAACCCAAACCACGUUAAGUAUGGAUGACUGUUCUUUAAUUGUAAAACGUCUAAAGGAGAAGUUCCCACAGAUUGAAACCAUUCCUAGUGGAUCCAUAUGCUAUGCUACUACCAACAGGCAGACUGCACUAAACCAGAUUUGUCAGCAAUGUGAUCUCACCAUCGUCGUUGGAAGUCAAUCAUCAUCGAAUGCUAAAAAAUUAGCUUACUCAUCGGAGUUGCGAAAUACUCCUGCUGUGUUGGUGAACAGUGUGGACGACUUUGAUUUUUCCUCCCUGCGUGAUGUCAAAACAAUUGCCUUGACCUCCGCUGCUUCCACUCCUGAGGAACUCACGCAGAAGUUCGUCGAAGUUCUAACAAAGGAACCUUUCCACUACACGUUGCGCCUGUUCGAACCUGUGCAGGAAAACGUUCCCAAAUGGAAGCUCCCGAAAAAUCUGCUGGGCCUCAUCGAAGAGCGCAGGCGCGAGCAAGGCCCGCAGGAUUCGCAGGAUUCGCAGGAUUCGCAGGAUUCGCAGGAUUCGCAGGUGUGA